AUGCUGAGAGGAGAGAGGAAGAAAACUCACGUGCCGUACCGUGACAGCAAGAUGACCCGCAUCCUGCAGGACUCCCUGGGUGGGAACUGUCGAACCACCAUGUUCAUCUGCUGCUCCCCCUCCAGCUACAACGACGCCGAGACCAAGUCCACUCUGAUGUUUGGACAACGUGCCAAGACCAUCAGGAACACCGCCUCCAUCAACCUGGAGCUGACGGCGGAGCAGUGGAAGAAGAAGUUCGAGAAGGAGAAGGAGAAGAACAAGACUCUGAAGGAAACCGUCCUGAGGCUGGAGACUGAGCUCAACCGCUGGAGAAACGGAGAGGAAGUACCUGAGACGGAGCAGACCACGGCAGACGUGGUGACCCGUUUCGAGACCAUCGAGGAGCGUCCCGUUUUAGACAACGACACCUCCUCCAUUGUGGUCCGUAUUUCUGAGGAGGAGCGGCAGAAAUAUGAGGAGGAGAUUCGCAAGCUCUACAAGCAGCUGGAUGACAAGGAUGAUGACAUCAACCUGCAGUGCCAGUUUGUGGAGAAACUGAAGCAGCAGAUGAUGGACCAGGAUGAGCUCCUGGCAUCCUCUAAAGGCGACGGGGACAAGGUCCAGGCUGAACUCGGCAGGUUGCAGGUGGAGAGCGACUGCGCCAAGGCGGAGGUGAAGGAGGUGCUGCAGGCUCUGGAGGAGCUGGCCAUCAACUACGACCACAAGAGCCAGGAGGUGGUGACGGAAGAAGGCCGCGAGACACCAGCAGGCCUGGCGCCGACCAGGCUGCUCCCAGAAAAUGGUCCGGUGGAGAUUAGCGGUGCGAUCGAGGAGGAGUUCACGGUGGCUCGCCUCUACAUCAGCAAGAUCAAGUCGGAGGUGAAGAGCAUGGUGAAGCGCUGCCGCCAGCUGGAGAACAUGCAGCUGGAGUGCCACCGCAAGAUGGAGGAGACCGGGAGGGAGCUCUCCUCCUGCCAGCUCCUCAUCUCUCAGCAUGAGGCUAAGAUCCGCUCUCUGACGGAGUACAUGCAGAGCGUGGAGCAGAAGAAGAGGCUGCUGGAGGAGAGCCACGACUCCCUGAGCGAGGAGCUGGCCAAGCUGCAAGACCAGGAUAACUCCAUGCUUGAGGAAAAGGAAGCAGAGAAGGGUGAGAUUGAGGAUGGAAAUGUGAAGAAGGUUCCUCGUCAGCAGAGCGAGUCUCACCGCGGCGUCCACCACAAGCAGCUGGCCCGCCUGCGGGAUGAGAUCAACGAGAAGCAGAGGAUCAUCGACGAGCUCACCGACCGCAACUCCAAGCUGGAGCUGGAGCUGGCUCAGGUUCGCGCUGACUUUGAACGCCUCAAGUGUCAGGACAACACCAAGAGCGAGCGCCUGGAGGAGCUCUCAUUCCUGCAUGAGCGUCAUGAGCAGACCAAACAGGACUUAAAAGGUCUGGAGGAGACCGUCGCCCGCGAGCUCCAGACCCUCCACAACCUCCGAAAGCUGUUUGUUCAAGACCUCACGUCGAGGGUUAAAAGAAGUUCCGAAAUGGAGCCUGAUGAUAGUGGGGGGUCUUGCACCCAGAAGCAGAAGAUUUCCUUUCUUGAAAAUAACCUGGACCAACUUACAAAGGUUCACAAACAGCUGGUACGUGACAAUGCAGAUCUGCGCUGUGAGCUUCCAAAGCUGGAGAAACGUCUUCGGUCUACUGCUGAGAGAGUUAAGGCCCUGGAGACUGCACUGAGGGACGCCAAGGAGGGCGCCAUGAUGGACCGCCGCCGCUACCAGCAGGAGGUCGACCGCAUCAAGGACGCCAUGAGGGCCAAGAGCGCUCAGAGGCGCCCCCAUGCAGCACAGAUCGCCAAGCCAGUGAGGCCGAAGCAGCUGCCCGUCUGCUCUCCCACCAACCCCUUCUACACUUACAUCCGGGCCAAUGAGCACGCCAACACCUACAGCAACGCUCUCUUCCAGGGCAACGUGACACAGCCGAGCACCGCCAGCGUCGACUGCAACCCCAACUCUGUCCAGAGCAACACAGUUUCCACAGCGCUGGGCUACAGAGCAGGGAAAUACAAUGGAGACACACUGGAGUCCUUCCCACUCAACAUCGACAAUGUUGUUAUUCCAACAGGUAACACCAACAGUGAAACGAGAGACAUCAAUGACAACAGAAGUGAUGUUCACUGUGGCAGCGAGGUGGAUGAAUCAAACAGACACUUUAUCAUUCAGCAGGAGACCGCUGCAAGUUAAUACCAUGAUGUUGACCAAACACUGUACCUAUAAAGGACCCUCCCUUUACAUCUGCAUGCAGCCUGUCUCCCCGUCCCUCUACUGCAUAACUGAUGAAGAUGAUGAUGAAGAUCUUUAACCCUGUAGUCUUCAAACUAGAUGAAGCCCCUCCCAUGGUGACCACGCUCACCCUCAGGUUUGCAGUUCAGUCCUCUCCAGUUCACUCAGUGCAGGAAGUAAAUCAAAUCAGAAUUUCUUUUUGAAUACAUGACAUUCAAUCAACUCAUCCGACUAGAUGCCAAUCCUUUUCUGAGGCGAUAUCAGCGAUGCGUGUUACCUCCUGAGGUGGUUGAACUGAAACAGGGCUGACUCCAUCCCUGAUGCACACAUGUUGUAAAUAAUAGUGCUGUAUACUCCAGUAGAGGUUUUUGACCAGCAACUGUCUGUGUGAAUGCACAGCCUCCACCUUCCCCUGCACACACCUCCUUAAGGGCAUCAUGCGGAUGACAUACUGUAGGCAGACGUGACCUUUUUCUCCGUCGUAAAUAAGAGUAUAGUGUGUAACGCCAGCUUGUAACAGAAGACCCUCUCUCUGCAUGCAUGUCGCUUAGCGGGUUGGCUUUCAAAAUCUUUGCAUGUGUCCUGAUCCCAGUCAGGAGCCGGUAUGCUGCGAGUGUCUGAUCGACUUUGACAGAUGUCACAGAAAGAGAGGAAAAGAGAGUGCUGGUAUCCCUUAAUCCUGAUCAUGGUCUGUUUAGAUUUUUCUAUUUAGUGUGAAAAUAAUAACAAAAUACACAUCUAUGUCUAGUUUAAGUUUUAAAAAAGAGGGCAUCAGGUGCAACAUGCAUCAGGGAAGCCCAGUCCUGAUUUACAGUCUUACUUUUCUUUUGUGAUGUUGCAGCUGUUUGUCGCUGUUAUACAUUUCAGGUAACGCUGCCCACAUCUAUUUACCGUGGAUCCCUUCUCCACUCCAUGUGAGUCUUCAUACCGGGCUUUAACAACUUCUCAUAAUCACACUAACACGCUGCCAUGUGCAUAGAUCUGUAAUUACCACCUCUAGAGCUUCUCAUUAUAUGAUAUUACACUAACAUCCUUUCAGAAGCUCUAUAACAGCUGAUCUUAGUUUCUGUAGAAAGUUUAGAACUUCAAUAGCUGUGAGUAGAUUUAAAGGUUCUCUUCAGGGCAUUAGUAAUAUUCUCCUGGAGUUUAUUCCUACACAGCUUCCUCCUCUAUCAUAUAAGAAACGGGAGAAUAGCUGGAAAAUUGCUCUCAAAAUGUUUGAGUGCAGCAGUUAUUCCGUAUCAGGGCAGGUCAUGUUGACACUCAAAGAUGUUCCUUAACUUUCUGGUGUUUGAUGCAUUUUCCUAUUUGGUACCUCUUAAUGCUGAAAUGCUAUUGUAAAUUAUUGACUGUGUAAUCUCAAUUUGUAGUAACAUCUAAAACCCCUUUAAUAUGACUACAUGGAAAGUAUUCAGUGAUUCAGUGCUCUUUAGUCAGAGCAAUGGAAAGAUAGAGAGUUUCUGCAGACGCGUCCCCCGCUGAGCAGCCACCAGUUUUGGAUGAAUGGCCGUUUGGACAGAAGCUUGUUGUUUGAGCCUUUUCUCAAGUCAUGCUGUUAUUCUUCUGUAAACAAUCCUGACCAGCCAAUCAGGAUAGAAGAAAGCAGUGUGGGUGACAAGGAUAGUUUUGUGUUUGGAUUGAGUUGAGUCACUGAAUUGAACCGUAAAGAAAACAUAACAAGCUUUUGCUCAUGAAAAUCUUUUAUAUUGAAGAUAUUUCUCUUUGUAAAGUUUGCUUUAAUACAUGGCAUGACUAUGUGUAAAUUAUCCCAAAUAUGACCCGAGUAAUUUGGGUGGAGGUCUUCUGAUCCUCAUUCAUGACAGCGCCGCUCUAUCUCAUGCUCUUACUGGCAUUAACAACAUCUCAGGGCUUCACAUUCAUAGCAAUCAUCCUCAACCAUCGUCCUAACCCUUACAACCAUGUGAGUGCUGAUGACCAAUCAGGUCGCAGUGUGUUCUUCGAGGCUUAACAGAUAAUACAUCUUCAGAAAAAACACCUAAUUUCACCCAUAGUGUAAAACAUCCUAGCACAUGGCGUCCUAAAUAAAGAAGAUAACCGGUCAGACCCUACUGUACGUGUCCACACAGACCCUCUAUUCGAUCUGUUUUAAGUAUAAUAAAUACAUCUGAAGGAGCGGCGAAUGUGUACUAUAUUGUCACCCACUGUCUGAUUUCAACAUAUCUAAAAUACGUGUGCUAUAUAUUGUUAAUCUUGUAAGUAAAAUAGCGUGCCAUGACAUAGUAUAAAGCUAAGAUAUGUACACGCUUACUUUGUUCAGAGAUAUGUUUGUUUUAUUUAUUUCUGUAUGCCUAAACUGUAGCGUCAACAUGAUUAUAUGAAGAAUCACAGUUCUGUAUAUAUAGUCUCAUCACUAUGCUGUAUUGUCUGUGAACCAUUGUGUUGUAGUAAAACGUUCAAUAAACUUGUAGAAAGGA